ACAAAGCUCUUUUCAUUUACUGACACUUAUUGACACAAGUCCCCACUUUUUUUAAUCUUUACUCUGCACCAGCAGAAAACCUGAUGGGAGGUGAGCUCUACCCAAAAAACUCAUUUGCCUAAAAGGUUAGUUUCAGUCAUGAUUGGAUUCAUUCAAUUUGUGUGGGUUUUUGUAAUGCACUUGGCCUCAACAUUUUUCACUUUUAGCAGUUUUGGCUCACUUGUCUUUUGCUUUAUAUUACCAUUAUAUUCCUAAUUAUGUUCCUCUGUGAUUAUUGUAGUGGUAAUUUAGCUUCAAUAUAAAAUAUAAACUUCAUUUCUUAAGCUCAGCUCUGUUCAAAGUGACUGUAAAUGAAACUAACAAAUAAAUGCAAAGACCUAAUUCCAGAGAGUUUAUGUGAACCUCCCAGUACCUUGCAGUACACUUUUUCUCUCUUGGUUCAUCUGUGCUCAUUUUUUUUUUCAAAACAUAUUUUGCAGGUCUGGAGCUAAUGGAUCAUAACACUUAUUACAGUUUUUUCAUACUUUCAUAAACUUUCUUUCUUACCUUCAUUACCUUUUUUCAUUACCUUCAUUACUUUCAUGUUUCACACUUUUCCCUGCUAAUAGCGGCACAGCCAUUCAGGAGAGCGGCUUCGGACGUUAUCACGCCAUUCAAUGGUCAUUAUCAGUGGUUAUCAGCCCAUACGUAUGGGCCGGUAGGUGCCCAUCUACCUGCUGGCAGCGGUGAAUAGGUGCGGUAGAUCGUUGUCAAUGAUCCGUAAGGUUGAUCACGGCUCGGAUGAUUUAACCAGCAGAGUCAGUAGGGGCGCUGUUGAGCGGUUGUUGUUCCGACGGGAGGAUCGAAGUUUUUGAUUUUGAUUUAUUAGCGAGCAUAACUUAGCAAGUAGCUAGCGGUAUUGUGUUAGCUAACUGUAACCUGAACCCCCCACCCGUUAUCCAGCCCUAACCCUAACCACAAUAACCUCUAAAGCUGCUUAACAUAGCAACUUAGCUAGCUGUUAGCUGUUCGCGAGGAGGCAGAGCAGGCACCUACUGGCCCAUUCGAAUGCGCUGAUAAGUUCUGAUCAGCCUAUUCGUAAUGGCUGAUAACACCCGAAGCUUCAGGAAGACGCCUCAUCCUCAAAGCAGCAGUUAGAUGAAUGAAAAGUCAUUUGAAACGGAACCUCUGGCUCACAGACACACAUUACAGUACACUUAUAACACCUUGUACGGUUGUGUGUUGCUCUACAACAGAGAGAAAGCAACGCCCACCUGGCAGACCUCUUCAAAGCACUUGAUGGGUCUGAAUAUUCUCAUAAGUGGCCAGAUAAUGCGAGAGGGAGAGGGACAAUGAGAUAGCAGGGUGAAAGUAAUGAUGGCUAGUUGUGUCUGAUAAGGCGUUUUUAUCUGCUCUCUCCCAUGUCUAUGCACAAUGGGGCCCUUGUAUGGGCGAUAGUAAAACACUGGGCUGUUUGAUGCAAGGACCCAUUAAAUGGUCAUAAAACUCGCGCUGGGCUGGAGUGCGUUUGAAGGGAGCUUUUGUUUCCAGCGUGGAUAAAAUAAACAGGUGUUUGGCCGCCGCAGGGAUGAUGAACGUCUGCGAGGACGGCUUCGAGGCCUGAGUGAUGACGGAGCAGCGACAGUCAUUUUGACAAGCAUGCCGGUAAUUUGAUGGUUUUCUCGGUGGAUGCGGUCCUUUCACUGCCAGAGCUCAGUGCGCAUCCUAAAAUGUUUUGUCGCACCAUCAAUCAAAAAUUCAAAUUAUUAGACGAAAUUCACACAUUUUUUAAAAAUUCAGAAGCCGAGCAAAACAGCCAGCUAUGAAUCUGCUUAACGUGCUUGAUUUAUCAAUUCACAGAACAGUUGCCGAAUAAUCUUGACCAAUUGAACUAUUAUCUUUCCUUUGUUUGCAAAUAGCGUGUACUUACAAGACGUAAUAUAUUUUUGGCUCGCUAAGAUACGUGCUGGAAUGAAAUGUGGACAGAAAAUAUGCAGUUAUUUAAUUACUAAAACAGGGCUCCUCAAACUUCGAACGGUUCUUUAAAGAGACACUAUUGGGUCAAUAAAUAAACCAUUUGUUUAUUUGUUUAGUUAUAAUUUGCUAUGAAUAGACGCAAAAACCUUUUGAUUUGGGUUUGGUUUAGAUAUGGCAAUGUUGAAUUUUAUUAUAUUAUUGUCCCUAAUAAAAAAAGUACAAAAAGUUAAAUAAAAAUGCCUAUGUCCAAUAGAAAAAAAAUCGAAUAAAUCGAAUAAAAGUUUCAGGUAAAAGGCAUUGUUCAAAUAGUGUUUUUAUUUGCAUUUUGUUAAAUUAAUCAGUGUUGUCUUGUUUUUUAAAUAGCAUCAGCAGCAAAUGCAGAUCAGCAGGUUAAAUUAAUCUAUUCAUUAUUAAUAGGUUGCAGCAUUUUCUGCUUACGGUUUACGGGUUGCUUUAGAUCAUAUAAUUACAGUGAUAUGAGCAAGUAUAAGCUUUUUUAUGUUUAUCUCAACACCAGGAGUGCUGAAAACAGCCACUAUGCGUCUAAGGUGUGAGCAGUAAAAUUAGUUUGGCCAAUCUCAGGCCGGUGCAUAUGUCUCUUUGUUUAUGGCACGAUAUAUGUGGUGAGUACGAGGAGCUGGCACUAAGAUAGAUACCGAAAACACAAUUGCCUAAUCUUCUAAUGUACCUCCGCUCUAUGAUGCAGUUGAAGGUGUUUGCGGGCGGGACAAGGGUUGAACAUUACCUCACUCUGAACGCUUUCUGGGGGGGAGAAACGAGCGAGUAAUUAGCUGAUUAGAGGCCCGUCAGAGCAGCUCAGCCUCCAGCCAAUCCCGACCUGCAGGGGUGGAGAAGCGCGGCUGAUGGCGCGAGACGCCGGAGUUGGGAAAGUUAUCGAUGCGUGCAGACAUGCGGACCGGACGCUUCAGGAACGCGCGCGCAAACGUCAGUAUCUGAACGUGUUGUGAGUCCAGUCAGCGCGUUAGUGGGUCCACGUUGAUCAUGUUUCCUUCUUCAUAGGUGACGCUGACUGCCCAGCCCGACGUUUAGGAAACAAAAGGACAAUAUAUGCGUUCGUGACUGGAAGAGGCUCCGCAGUCUGGCGCGCGGACGCACACAACAGGUGCGCACCUGCCGAGAUUGGCACGUUUAUUUGAUAACGACCGUGCAACCAUCCCGACGGACACUGUCAUGGAGAAGUCGAAAAACUUCAGGAUCGACGCCCUGCUCGCCAAUGAGGGCAACCGGGUGAGCCGAGACCUCUCCCCGGCUCUGAGCAACGACAGUCCCGCGGACAGCCCGGUCUCCUGCCGCCGAGCGGAGACCCCCCCUCCGCGCGCCGCGCACCUCCAGGCCGGAAUAAUCCCCAAACCGGGCGUGUUAGCCCUCACUCACCCGGGACUCGCCUCGCUGCCUCAGGGGGCGAUUCCCGGCAUGUACCCGGCACCCAUGUAUCCGCUGUCGGCGCUGGGUGGACAGCACCCAGCCUUCGCAUAUACCGGCUUCACACAACUAACACAGACCUACCCAGAGCACCUGAAGGCGGCCGCCAUGGUGGGAUCACUGCCCCUGGAGCACUGGAUCCGCGCUGGCAUCAUGAUGCCACGACUGCCGGACUACAGCUCGGGUCCUCAGUCCAGUUUGUUGGGAAAGUGCCGGAGGCCCCGCACGGCCUUCACCAGUCAGCAGCUCCUAGAGCUGGAGAACCAGUUCAAACUCAACAAGUACCUGUCCAGACCCAAACGAUUUGAAGUGGCCACAUCACUAAUGCUGACUGAAACACAGGUAAAAAUCUGGUUCCAAAAUCGAAGGAUGAAGUGGAAGCGGAGCCGGAAGGCAAAGGAGCAGGCCACCGCAUCAGCCCAGUCUGAUGCAGAGCGACUUCGCAGUGGAGAAAAAACAUCCACAGAGAAAUCGGAAGAGAAUAGGAGAACUGUAAAUCCAGACAAGAGAGCCCUGGAUUUAGAUUUGGAGGAUGGAGAAGAAGAAGAGGAGGAGGAGGAGGAGGAAGAAGAAGAAGACGAUAGUCAGCACACGUUUCCUGUUGGGAUGCAAAGAUCUACGGACUUCUUGCAGCAUGGUGCUGAUGUUGGCUACAGUCCCCACAGCACCUUUUCCGAUGAUGAGUUGGAGGGGAUGCAAGUUGGUGACAGGAAGAUCAGGGCAGGACUGUGA